AUGGCGUCCGCGCCUUCCGCCCCCGCCUCCGCCGCCGUCAAGGCCGCGGUCCUCCCCAUCUCGGUCCAGCCGCCGUCCGCCGUGGCAGUAGUGGCGCGACGCGCGCCGGUGCCGGCCGCCCUGCGAGCCCUGGGCGGGCGUGGCCGUGGCGCGGCGCUGGUGGCGUCCGCCGCGUUCGAUGACCUGCGCCCGGCCAUCGACGAGUACCCCGAGGGCAUCCUGUCCGGGGAGUGGCCUGGCAACUUCUCCCUCCUCAGCUACGCCGACCUCCGAGCCUACCUGGAGUCCCAGAUCGCCUCCUCCGACCAGAUGAGCCCGGCGGCAAAGCUCGAGGACGUGAUGUCGCGCCCCGUGCAGGUGGCCACGCCGGGGCAGCGGCUCGCGGAGGUCGAUGCCUUCUUCGCCGCGCAGCAGUACUCGGGCCUGCCCGUGGUCGACGAGGAUGGCAGGUGCGUUGGUGUGAUCUCCAAGAAGGACAAGACCAAGGCGCCUAAUGGGAUGGAGUCAACUGUAGGUGAAGUGAUGUCAUCUCCUGCGAUAACCCUGACGCCCCAGAAGACGGUCUUGGAGGCUGCAGCACUAAUGCUUAAGGAGAAGGUUCACAGGAUACCGGUUGUGAAUGAACAGCAGCAAGUGAUCGGAAUUGUGACUCGCUCGGACGUAUUCCAGGCACUUGAGGCCAACAACAACAAAGCAUGA